AUGGGUUCCUCCAGAUGUCAGUAUGUUGUCUGCGUCCUACUGCUUGCACUAGCGGCAGCUAGCGCGCCGGCUGCCGAUGCACAGGCCGGCAAGAAGCCAGCUCCCGCCCCUGCCCCUGCGGCAAAGGUGAUGGGUCGUCAUCUCUUGCAAGCGAGCAAGAAGCCGGCCCCCGCCCCUGCUCCUGCAGCAAUGAUCAUGCAGGGGACCAAAAAGUCAGCUCCCGCGCCCGCACCAGCAGCAAGGACGACUGGUCGGCAUCUUCUGCAGGCGAGCAAGAAGGCAGCCCCUGCUCCUGCCCCUGCGGCUAAGAUGACCGGCCGCCACCUUCUGCAGGCGACCAAGAAGGCAGCCCCCGCCCCUGCUCCGGCUGCCAGGACGGCCGGCCGCCACCUUCUGCAGGCUAGCAAGAAGCCGGCCCCCGCCCCCGCCCCGGCAGCAAAGACCAUGACAGGCCGCCAACUUCUGCAGGCGACCAAGAAGCCGGCCCCCGCCCCUGCGCCGGCAGCUAAGAUCACCGGCCGCCACCUUCUGCAGGCGAGCAAGAAGCCGGCCCCCGCCCCUGCGCCGGCAGCCAAGAUCACCGGCCGCCACCUUCUGCAGGCGAGCAAGAAGCCGGCCCCCGCCCCUGCGCCGGCAGCUAAGAUCACCGGCCGCCACCUUCUGCAGGCGAGCAAGAAGCCGGCCCCCGCCCCUGCGCCGGCAGCUAAGAUCACCGGCCGCCACCUUCUGCAGGCGAGCAAGAAGCCGGCCCCCGCCCCUGCGCCGGCAGCUAAGAUCACCGGCCGCCACCUUCUGCAGGCGAGCAAGAAGCCGGCCCCCGCCCCUGCGCCGGCAGCCAAGAUCACCGGCCGCCACCUUCUGCAGGCGAGCAAGAAACCGGCCCCCGCCCCUGCUCCGGCGGCAAAGAUGACCGGCCGCCACCUUCUGCAGGCCAGCAAGAAGCCAGCUCCCGCCCCUGCACCCGCGGCGAAGAUGACCGGCCGCCACCUUCUGCAGGCGACCAAGAAGGCUGCGCCCGCCCCUGCCCCUGCAGCAAAGAUGAUGGGCCGCCACCUUCUGCAGUCGACUGGGCCUCUGGAUAAUGCAACCCCCAAGGAUGUGCCUCCACCGGCGCAAGCCCCCAGCGCUGGCCGCCAUCUGCUGCAGGCUGCUAGUUCUGGCCUCUCUGCUAAUGACAAGGGCUCUGCCACGAUCAGUUCCACGGGCAACAACGGCGUUUCCGGCACCGGGGCGUCCGGCAGCGGCGCAUCGGCCGACCAGGGACGCAGCCAGGCGACUAAUGGCGCCAGCAUUGCACCCGCACCUGCCCCCGCCAUGUGA